CCCAACAGCCAUAAAGACACAGACUUACAGCAACAACAUAUAUGGCUCCAAAAGGAGACAAUGUUGUGGUUUCUAACAUGAAGCUUGAGAGGAUGCUUAGCAUGAAAGGAGGCAAAGGAGAAGCUAGUUAUGCCAACAAUUCCCAAGCCCAGGCUCUACAUGCUCGAUCCAUGCUUCAUCUUCUUGAAGAAACCCUAGAUGGGGUCCAGCUAAACUCCCCGGAGGUCCCGUUCGUGGUGGUGGACCUCGGAUGCUCGUGUGGCAGUAACACCAUCUACAUCGUUGACGUGAUGAUCAAGCACAUGAUCAAGCGCUACGAGGCCUUGGGUUACGAGCCGCCGGAGUUCUCUGCUUUCUUCUCCGACCUCCCUAGUAAUGACUUCAACACCCUCUUCCAGCUCCUCCCUCCCCUAGCCAUUCACGGCAGUAGCAUGGAGGAGUGCCUGGCAGCCAACAAUCACAGACCUUACUUUGCCGCUGGGGUUCCCGGAUCCUUCUACCGGAGACUUUUUCCGGCUAGGUCUAUUGAUGUCUUCCACUCCGCAUUUUCCCUCCAUUGGCUAUCUCAGGUGCCAGAGAGCGUGCUAGACAAGAGAUCAACGGCUUAUAACAAAGGGAGGGUGUUCAUCCACGGUGCAAGUGAGAGCACAGCAAACGCAUACAAAAAACGGUUCCAAGCUGAUUUGGCAGGAUUCUUGAGAUCAAGAUCACAGGAGAUGAAGAGAGGUGGGUCGAUGUUUCUUGUUUGCUUAGGGAGGACCUCGGUGGACCCCGCAGACCAAGGUGGGGCCGGGCUCCUCUUUGGGACCCACUUUCAGGAUGCUUGGGAUGAUCUUGUCCAAGAGGGCCUCAUCAACAGCGAGAAACGUGACAACUUCAACAUUCCGGUGUAUGCACCAAGCCUACAAGACUUCAAAGAGGUGGUAGAGGCCGAUGGCUCCUUCGCCAUUAACAAGCUAGAGGUCUUCAAAGGAGGUAGCCCUCUUGUGGUUAACCAGCCGGACGAUGAAGCCGAGGUUGGUCGAGCUCUAGCCAACAGCUGCCGGAGUGUCUCCGGCGUCCUAGUCGAUGCACACAUCGGCGACCGGCUUAGCGAGGAGCUAUUUUUGAGAGUGGAGCGCCGAGCCACUAGCCAUGCUAAAGAGAUGCUAGAGCAGCUACAAUUCUUUCACAUAGUGGCAUCCCUUUCUUUUGGGUAGAGCAAAUCAGAAAAAGAGAGGGGAAAAGACUUUUCUUUCUCCCUUUGGGGGUGUGCCAUUCUAUUGCGUAGACUAUAGAGUUCACACACACAAAAGUGAGAGUAGGAGAAGGCUUUUUGAUCAUCACUUUCUUUUUUUCCUUUUCUUUUUUUCUUUUUUCUCUUUCUCUCUUUUGUGUGUUUCUGUGGUGUUACUGUAGUGACCUCUAUACUUGAUGGCUUAUGUGACUUUGUGUUCCCUUGAAUCCAAACGAAGUAAAUGAAGCUAGUAAACCUAUUUCAACUCCU